CAGUUGUCAGAUGUCAGAACUCAAACCGGGGCUCACGCACCACGGUAAAUAUUAACCAAAAUAAUCAAAUGGUAAAUGGUAAUAUUCAGACAAAAUAUCUGCUCUCACGUGUAGUGUGUACUGUGUACAUAACAUAAAAUACAUAGCACAUUAUUUACGACGACUAACGUGACGAGACGAGACUCACAGUGGGCCUAAUAUGAAUAGUAUCGGCGAGGAGUGUACUGACCUGAAAAAAAAGUAUGAUGAUUGCUUCAAUACGUGGUUUUCAGAGCGUUUCUUAAAAGGUGACCACGACGAUUCCAUGUGUGCGGGAAUUUUUAAAAUUUAUCAAGAAUGUGUGAAGAAAGCAAUGAAGCAACAAAAUAUUGAUUUUAAGGAUCUAGAUAAGGAUGUUUUGGGCACAGAAAGCGAGUUCAAAACCCCACCAGAAGGCACCAGCUGACAAGAAUUUCAAACAAGUGCUAGAGAAUUUAUCAUUUGCAUUUAUUUUGUAUAUACAUUUGAUUAUUGUAGUACUGUGAUGAUAGAUAAUAAGUAGUAAUUGUUUUA